GGUCUGCAAUUGAAUCGAUCAAUUGUAGAGAUUUUCUCACUUAUUCUUUCUCUCGUUCAAUGGUCCGAUUGUACCCACGACAAUGACAGAUAUAAGUAUUUUUUUGUAUUUAUUCUUUUUUUGCUGAAAACGUGUUCUGCUUCAUUUGCUUUAGGUCAAUGAAAUCUUUUAAUUUUUUUAAUCUCUUAACCUUUCUUUCCUUUUGCUCCUGUGCUUGUGAGUUCUGCAAAAUGAAAAUUUUUUUUAAAUAGUGACAGUGCCUUCAGAAGCCUUUAGGCAAGAAGUCUUAAUCAUAGUAGCUCUUCUACUAAUGACACUCUAGAAGAACUAACCCUUGCAUAAAUCUAUUCCCAAAAUACGAUUGUCAACCCUGAAGUUCUCUUCGAAAAAUGGAGCUUGACCCGCAAAGAAUCGAAAGUGUUUUCUUCUAGAUAUUUCUUGGCACCUGGCAUCGCGUCAAAUUUUUUUAUAUGCGAGGAUGUUUAAGAAUUAUACUAGAUUCGUUUGAAAUGACUUUGCUAUUAAAUGCAUUCAUUGCAAUUUUUUCUUUGCUUUUAAAUCGAUGGCAAGUGCAUAUAAUGCCUAUGAUUGUGUAAAUUAGGCAAUAAACAGAAGCAAGUGGGGAAAGCUCACGAACCUUGGAUACUCAUCACCUCGAAAAAGAUUUUGGAAUUUUACUCCCCAAAAAAAGGCCUUUUAGGCUGCACCGAGAUGAUAGAGUGCCGCACUUUAAUCUUGAACGGAUAUGACUAAAUCGAAUCGAAACUACAUUCGGUUUAGGGGAUAUCUGACGCCUUGUUCUGUGUGAGUGUUACAAAAGGAAUGAUAAAUUGAAUAUACUAUUCUCCUUAGAUGGCUUUUAUAGAAAAAGUUAGGCAAUUCAUUGCAAAAAAAUAAAUUAACAUUAUAGUGUAAUAAUACUUUAAAGUGCUUCCUUCAAGAAUUGUCUCGAUUUGAAAAACACAUUUGAAAAAAGUCAAUUUUACGUUUUUCAUUUUUCUUAUUGGUUUUUUGAACCAAGAAAAAAUUCAUCCAAAUUGAUUGCUGCAGAGGUGAAAUGAUGAACGCCAUAUACAAAUUCUUUCGUAAUAAUCACAUUUUGGCCGUUUGCGAAAAUGCUGUUUGCCAGAAAUCUUUCACUUUAAAUUUAUCGCGUUUCGAGAUGUCCGACCUUCCAGAACUGGUAUCGAAAUGUGAAAACCUAUUAAAAUUGUUUCUCAAUCAUAAUCAUUUGCAACAAUUACCAACUUUUUCCAAUAAAUUAAUUCAUUUGCAAGUAUUAACUUUGGAUUACAAUAAGUUAACAGAAUUUCCCAGUGUGAUUUGCCAGCUGACAACUUUAAAAAUUCUAAAUGUUAGUUGCAACGAGAUUACUAGCGUGCCAAAAGAAAUCGGUCAAUUGGUGUGCUUGGAAACAUUUUGGUGCAAUAAUACAGGACUUCUACAAUUACCAACCGAAAUAGGAAAUUGCGAGUCAUUGGAAACUUUAGGCUUAAGAGGUAACAAGUUACAGCAAUUGCCUGACAGUAUUAGGUGUUUAAAAAAAUUACGUUGGCUAACAUUGGAUUCCAAUGAAUUGACCUCCGUACCACAUGGUCUAAAGGAAUUGAAGCAGUUGGUCCAUUUAAAUUUAAAAAAUAAUCGCUUGCUUCGCAUACCAUCGCAUACCUUAGCGAAAAUGAGUAAAUUGCAAUAUGUCUUCUUAAAUGAAAAUCGCAUUGAGCAAAUCUGUUCCACUCAACAACUUCAGAGUAUGAAAUUUAUUCGUAUGCUAAAUUUAUGUGGAAAUCCCUUCUGUGAACUAGCAGCAGUAAGAGGACAAUUAAAGGAACAUGAAAAUAUUUUAUAUGAAUUAUUGGAACAAAAAUCUGCGGCCGUAACCGUUGACUUGGACGAUUUUGAAGUAGAUGAAGAGGAGGAAUUAUCUGAUUGGGAGAAUAGUAUUGAGACUAGUGAUUUAGAUAGUACUGAUGAUAGUAGUCUCGAAAAUGAUUUGGAGGAUAUAUCUAUACUUAUACCAGAACUCUCGCGCUAUAUAACAAAUUUCAGUUAAAAUUUUUUUUGGUCUUUAUAUCUCAUUAUUGAUUGUUU